GAUAGACAGAAAAACAAAGAGAACUGAGAACAGCUUGAGCUGGAGAGAGGCGACAGACACAACUCUAGGCAGGCAGACAGCGAGGCUGAGUUAGCAAACACUGAGAAAACAGGAGACCCUGGAGGCGAGCAGGAGCAGGAGUGAGAGACCUGGGGGUAGGAAGGGAGAGUUGCUGCAUCUGCACCCCGGCUCUCUCACUAGGUAUAUUUGUUUCCAGAUUCCUCCCUGUCUUUGGCCAGGUGUGUUCUGACAGGGGCGCAGAUCAUAUUCUCCCAGACUGCUGAGCCAGUCCUGCCAUGGGUCCCUCGGGCGCCUUCCUCGGCAUCCUGUUCUUCUCUGGGGCACUGGGUCUCACCACUUCCCCAGCCAGAGGACGACUCCAGUGUUACACCUGCAGCUUUGCCAAGCCCUGCGACCCGGUCCUCACAGAGUGCCAGGAGGACGAGGUGUGUGGUAUCAGUGUUGGCACCUCAGAUCAGGGGGAUGAGGUCAUCCAGCGGAAAGGCUGCCUGCCUAGGACCCAGUGCCCUCUGCUGGGCCGCGCCACAUACUGGUCACAGCCCUAUGCUCUCCGCCACAAGUGCUGUGAGCAGGACCUGUGCAACACGGCAGCCUCGCAGCGACUCCCAAGCCAUCCCCACGCCACCCUCCUGCUCCUUGGUGCCAUCUUUGCCUGGGCUGCACAUAUCUUCAUCUAGCCUGUGAGCCGUGGCUGUCAACCCAGCACUCCGACGUCAUCGUGGACCUGGGGACCCCUGCACAGAUGUUUCUGAGGCACACUUGCUCAAGAGUGUGGCUUUGUAUAAAGAACCCAACACCUCUACAGACCCCUCCUAAGACCCGAUUUCUACAGCUGGAGUUCCCAUCCCAGCGUGCAUGUGUCCGGAGCCUCGCCCCAUAAGAAACCCCUGCUGUCUUUUCUCUGGGUGUCCCGGGUCAGCCACCCUCAAGGAGCUCUGGGUCCCAGGCAAAGGGACAGAAGUGGCACUGGGACUGGUGAGGGGUGGAGUUCUGUUAGGAAAGAUGUAACUUGGUACCUGAGGGUC